AUGAGAAAGGUCAAGGGCAAGUUUGCCCACCUAUUCAAGCGUGACAAGGCGCCCCAAACACAACUGCAGCCGCCCAACAGCUCGAACCCGCCCAACGGAACCACCCUCGAGCCCUUCGAGGCCCCUGCUGCAGUUUUAUUUCCAGAGGGAAUCAAGAUACUUCAUGAUUGCCCUGACGCUGUGGUCGAUGUUUGCUUCAUCCACGGCCUCACGGGUGAUCGCGAGAGAACCUGGACCGCGACUGGGCAGAAGGAACCAUGGCCCAAGACCCUUCUCCCAGCCAAGCUCGAGAAAACACGCAUCCUCACAUAUGGCUACGAUGCCUAUGUUGUUCGCAAAGACCAUGUCUCGACAAAUCGGCUGAUCGAUCACGCGACAAAUUUCCUUCAUAUUCUUGUUGCUGAUAGAACCACGCCCAACAUCUCGUCCCGCCCGAUCAUCUUUGUCACCCACAGCCUGGGCGGUCUUGUUUGCAAAGAAGCACUUCUCCUAUCGCGAGACAACGCCGAGCAUCAUCUUCGCUCGAUCUUCGAGUCCACAAAAGGGAUCAUAUUCAUGGGCACUCCACACAAGGGUUCCUGGAUGGCUCGGUGGGCUGAAAUACCGGUGUCUGCCAUCGGCUUGAUUAUGCCCACCAACCCUUCUUUGCUUGAUGUUCUACAGACAGACAAUCAGUACCUCGAAUCGAUCCGAACCAGGUUCUCAGUGAUGCUACGAGAGCAACGUGAGAGCGGGCGGCAGCUCGAAGUGACCUGCUUUUUUGAAGAGUUGCCAUUGACUACCCAACCGAAAAUCGGCAUAGUUGUAUCUAAAGACUCUGCUGUCCUUGAAGGCUAUAACCCUCUCUCAAUUCGUGCAGAUCAUCGGAAUAUAGUCAGGUUUGCUUCUGAAGAAGAUCCUGGGUUUAAGAGGGUGCUUGGAGAAUUGGCCAGAUGGAGAUACCAGAUUGUUCAUUCCGUUUCAACAGCUCUGUCACAAAGUCACCAGGACUGUCUGAAAUCACUUGCCUUCCCAGAACUCAACGACCGAGCCAACGAUGUUGACAAGGCAGCAAAGGGAACAUGCGAAUGGCUUAAGCACCACGAACUAUAUCAAGACUGGGCCUCGGGUGCUGGCGGUCUACUCUGGAUCAAAGGAAAACCUGGUUCUGGAAAAUCGACAUUACUCAAACACACACUCCACCACCAUGGAAACACUCUCAAUGCUAGCAAGGACGACCUGCUACUGUCUUUCUUCUUUCACGACCGGGGCCACGAACUCCAAAAGUCUCCAUUAGGCUUCAUUCGAUCGCUCCUACAUCAAUCUCUCAUUCAGAUGCCAGCUGCUCUACCAGAGCUGGUUGAGGGUUUCAACAACAAGCGUCACAGCAUGAAUGACUGGACUUGGCAUCGGAAAGAGCUUCAAUCCUUCUUUGAGAUGGCUCUGCCAAGGAUUUUGCGCCUCCGCCGGGUUUGGCUGUUUAUCGACGCCUUAGACGAGUGUGGCGAGGACAAUGCGAGAAGCCUUCUCGCGUGGUUGAAAGGUCUGAUAGACUCGGUACCUUCUGCUCGCAUACAGCUUCGUAUAUGUGUCACUUGCCGCCACUACCCAAUAUUGGGCCCAGUUUCUGAUUUUGAGAUCUGUACCGAGGCGAAUAAUGAGAAUGAUAUCGUUGUCUACGUUAAAGAUCGAUUUCUCGAAGAUGGGCGCCUGGCCAAAUCUGAGAUACCGAAGUUGAUCACGGACCGUGCUUCCGGCAUCUUCAUGUGGGCACGACUGGUUGUAGAGCAGAUUUUGCGACUCAGACAAGAAGGGGAAGAGCUGCAGGGGUUGAUCAAGGUUAUCAAUUCAAUUCCCAGGGAGCUGAACGACUUGUACGACAAGCUCAUUCAGGACAUGCGUCAGAAUGAGGCUUCACUGAAGCUCAUGCAGUGGAUCUGCUUUGCCUGGCGACCAUUGUCUCUUCACGAGUUGGCAUGGGCCAUGGUCGUUGACUGUGACCAGCCUUCUCAAUCAUUGGAGGAAUAUCAACGCCGGGGAAGCUUCCCACACGAGCACGACAUGAUCGUCUCGAGGAUCAAGAAAUUGAGCUGUGGCCUUGCUGAGGCAAAGGCAUCCUACCAGUCUGAUACUGCUUCUGACAGGUCUUCUGUCGAUGACGAAUCGCUGGAAGAUUCCAUGUCUGUCCAAUUCAUUCAUCAAUCGGUCAAGGAUUAUUUUCUCGCCCAAGGCCUUUCCGUUCUAGGCGGGCCCUCGACACCAAUAGACGCAGCUCUCGUGGCACAUUCGCGGCUGGCUAGGACUUGUGUGCAUUACCUGGCUGCGGAUGAGAUUGCUCUAGCGGUAGCAAGGCUUAAGAAAGAGUUCGGAUCUGAGCGCACUCGUCGUGGCUCUGAAGCCCUCCUCGACGAGUUCCCUUUCAUAGCAUAUGCGACUUCGUGGGUGGACCACGCCAGUCGGAGCGACACUGAGAGUCUUCAGACCGACCUUCUCAAAGCAUUAGAUUGGCCAUCGAACAACCGCGUUGCAUUGUGGGGGAAGGUACGCGGGAUGCUUGGAUACAGUCUCCGAUGGUUGAACGGAACAAUCUUACAUGUAGCAUCUAUGGAGGGCAUCGAACAGCUUCUGAGGUGUAUUAUAUCGCAGACACCGCCGGGCCAAUAUCUCGAUGCAGUCGAUAAUUACGGCCAAACACCGCUUUCGCUGGCUGCUCUGGGGGGGCAUGAGGGUGUGGUUAUCCAACUACUGAAUACAGGCCAAGUCGAAGUGGACUCCAAUGACAAUGUCGGCCGAACGCCUCUUUUAUAUGCUGCAUCUGGCGGCGCUGAAGGUGUAAUCAGACAGCUUCUAGAUACCGGCCAAGUCAAGGUGGAUUCAAAGGACAAUGACGGCCGAACGCCUCUUUCAUAUGCUGCAUCUAAAGGCGCUGAAGGUGUAAUCAGACAGCUUCUAGAAACAGGCCAAGUCGAAGUGGACUCCAAGGACAAUGACGGCCGAACGCCACUUUCACAGGCUGCAUAUAUGGGCAAAGAGGGUGUGGUCAAGCAGCUUCUAGAAACAGGCCAAGUCGAAGUGGACUCCAAGGACAAUAACGGCCGAACGCCUCUUUCAUAUGCUGCAUCUAACGGCGCUGAAGGUGUAAUCAGACAGCUUCUAGAAACAGGCCAAGUCGAAGUGGACUCCAAGGACAAUAACGGCCGAACACCACUUUCGUGGGCUGCUGAGCGGGGUGAAGAGGGUGUGGUCAAGCAACUACUAGACACAGGCCAAGUCGAGGCGGACUUCAAGGACAAUGACGGCCAAACGCCACUUUCAUGGGCUGCAGAGGGGGGUGAAGAGGGUGUGGUCAGGCAACUACUAGAUACAGGCCAAGUCGAAGUGGACUCCAAGGACAAUGACGGCCAAACGCCACUUUCAUGGGCUGCAUAUAUGGGCAAAGAGGGUGUGGUCAGGCAACUACUAGAUACAGGCCAAGUCGAAGUGGACUCCAAGGACAAUGACGGCCAAACGCCACUUUCAUGGGCUGCAUAUAUGGGCAAAGAGGGUGUGGUCAAGCAACUACUAGACACAGGCCAAGUCGAAGCGGACUCCAUGGACAAUGACGGCCGAACACCACUUUCGUGGGCUGCUGAGGAGGGAGCAGGGUUUGUGGUGACUUUGCUUCUCAACUCUGCGGAAGUCGACGUCAACUCAAAGGAUGGUCAGGGGCGGACAGCGCUUAUGUGGGCUGCAAAGGAGGGGAGGGCGCGCGCCGUUCAGUUGCUACUCCAAACUGGUCGGGUUGAUCUUGACGCAAAAGACAACGAUGGUUUGACAGCGUUAGAACAUGCCAGGGUGCAACACAAUGAACUGAUAGGCGAGCACCGCGUGGAUCAGUGGAUGGAAGAGCGGUUGCAGAUGUUUGACCGUGUGAUCCAGCUGCUUGAGUCAGUUGGAUAG